GAGAUGAUCAUCGUCGAUGCUUCUAGAUUAAUCCAUCAGUUAUAGUUCGACAUUCGGAGUGAGAAGAUGCAUAAAUUUGUGAGUUCAUUGUUUGGCUUUUCUGCUGUGGUCAUCUUCAUUUUACAGCUAGUGAUUGCAAAAGAGGAAACAGGACAUUCGUGGAGUGACCUUGUGAAUUCAUUUGUGCAUAAGGAUUUCUACUAUUAUUUAGGAGAUUAUCUUUAUGGAUCACCAAUCAGUUAUAACCAUCCCGAUCAAAUUUAUUUGAGAGUCGGAAAAAAGUGGGAAAAGACUAUUGGUAGUUCCAGUCAUGAAGUUGUGUGUGAGAGAGCGUCGGAGAAAGAUUAUUAUAAGCUUGAUACAAAUUUUUUACCCAACUUAUACAUUUACAGCGACAAAAAUGGUGUAGCAAAUAAAAAUAUCUUAUCAUAUUUCACAUCCAUCGAAAGAGAAAUUUGGGUAUGCAGAAGUCGCCUGCCCCAAGGUAUCUGUAAUAAAGCGCUAAGAGGUGUGGGAGUGAAGAUGAAAUCUUCACAGCCAAUAAGCUUCUACCGGAUUGUUAAUGUGAUGCAUGGCAUACAGCCGAUGAAUAAGAUAUUCUAUUUUGAUGGAAUCGAGGUGUUCAAGGACAGAUGCGCCAUGAGACAAGUGGAUGAUAUGGGUGAAGCUGACACGGCUACCUUUCGGGAAAUUAAAUAUGUUGAUCCAUCUGAUAAGAAGGUUGUACGAUACAGAGGGAAGGUGUUCCUCAAAACGGAUCCUACUACCACCACAAAACCCAGAUGUGAGUUAGAGUUAGUAAACAGGAAUGGAGCUACCAGUUAUUCCAGCAAUCUACCGCUUUGUGCUCUCAAGAGACGAAAUAAAAUAACUGAAUCUUAUUCAGCUUUCGCAGAUGAUGGACUAAAGCAUGUGAAUAGUGUAUACUUCUCAAUAAUCAGACAAGAACUCUGGAAAUGUUUCUAUGUUGACGGUAGACAUUUCUGGAGAAGAAUGACAGUUCUUGUAGGAUCUAUACCGGUACAGGAGAUAGAAUACUAUAGUGGGAUCAGUGUGUGGAGAUACAGACUUGAUAGCUCAACAUACAGUGUCAAAAUAAGAGAAAUAUUUUAUUACAAGCCAAACAAUGAAAGAAUAGGCCUACCUGUCAAAUUUGGUGGAGUGGUGAAACUUAUGAAGCCGCCGAAAGAGAGACACUAUGAGACAAAGUUGAAAAAACAUACAUAUAAAUAUAACAAAAUGAGCAACCAAAUGCCAACACGUUUGUAUCCUGAUUAUGAUGACGAUACUGAUGACGAAGAUUUACUAGAUAUGGGAGCGGCAGUAAUAUAAAAAUUCCGAUGCAAUCUAAUCAGCAAGUUUUCAUGUGUUAUUUUGUCAUCACUGCUAAAUAAAAUUUAUAAAUCACACCCAUUCUUGAGUUAUAAGCAUGUCAACCAAAUCUGGGAGAUUUGUAUUUUCCAUGAAUAAAACAUAACAUCAUUGAUUUUGCAAAAAUGGUAAAAAAUUAAAAACGCUCAAAAUCUUAGGAAUGAUAGAACUUGACGAGAGUAACAAUAAUAUGUCAUCACAUUGGCCAAAUUCACUCCUAUUCUUGAGUUAUAAGCAUUAAUUUGAAGAUGAGUGAUUUUUCUGAUCUGAGAGAGGAGGAAAGAUUCUAUGUUUCAGUGAUUAACUCACUCUGUAUUGUAGCAAAACGUCUCAUAUCAUUUUAGGUUAGGUUAGGUUAGGUUUCGAUUCCAACCCAUUUUACAUUAUACAUUUUACAUUAUUUAUGGGUACAUUAUUUACAUUAUUUAGGUUAGGUUUCGAUUUCAACCCAUUUCACAUUAGAAAUUUUACAUUAUUUAUUAUAUUACAUUUUUUCUCAGUUGAAAUCGAAUCUUCAAUUCAAUAAAACUUGAUAGCAAAUAUCAGUGUAAUCGAUAUGUGGACUUAUCAUAAAUUUUACCAGGAGUUUAUCAGAUACACUUGUGUUGAACAUCCUACUGUGACAAAGUUCUAUUUCUGAAUUAACAGAUAAUUCUAAACAACAUAAAGGGUAAAUAAAUUCAAAAUAACUUUAAAAAUAAAGUUUUAUUGAGUAUAAUAAAUGAAAUUUGUAUAGUUGUUUUCUUUAUUAGUGAGGUUGGCAAAAUUGAUGACUUGUCCAGGCUUCACCCGAAAGGCUUUUUAGCUCUCUCAUGAAAAAAUGGCUGCUGGCUUGUAGAAGUGUUUCUAGUUCUCUUGAAAUUUUCUAUAGAAUUGAAAUUUAAAAUGUUUUAAUUGAGAUCUGAAUAAUUUUAUUGUGUUCUAAAUUUGUGUUGAAUGUUUUGUGUAACAAAGUUCUCUUUCUGAAUUAACAGAUAAUUCUAAACAACAUAAAGGGUAAAUAAAUUCAAAAUAACUUUAAAAUAAAGUUUUGUGAAAGCCUGUUUUGAAAGUUUUGAAAGCCUGUAGCUAAGUAUAUAAGCUCAAUAUGAAUAGAUAAGUAUUUUAGCUUGUAAGAAUUUUCUGUUUAGAUACCAAAUGGUUUUGUUCACUAAAUAUUUGUUGUAAAUUGCCCAAGUAUUAUGAAAAUUAAAUUAUAAUUUGAUUUGCUCUGAA